ACUUGAUGAUUUUGACUUUGUGCAUUUGUUUUUCAACUGUUUUCUCCUACAAUUUUGAAGACGAUUUUCGCAUUCUGUCUGAAACAGAAACCUGCUCGUCUCCAUGUUGGUUCAACAAAUCGGAAGUGACAACUGAAACAAUUGAGCUAUGGCCAACAAAUUGCACAAAAGUUUGCUCAAUUUUAACCUUCACUUCAACAAUUAAUAAGAUUCCACUCGAAAAACUGAAAACCACGUUUCAAAACCUGACGGUUUUAUGUGGCGUUUUACGGAUCGAAAACACAACUUUAAAAAACUUGUCUUUUUUGGAAAAUCUUGAUUUCAUUUCGAACAGUAAUGAAUUCGAAUUAUCAAUUUCUCAUAACAAUGAGCUCGAGGAAAUUGGAAUUCUUUUUUCCAUGGACUUCUCGGCCAUUUUUCCUAUUCAAAUUGUUAACAACUCAAGAUUAGACGCAAGUUUGUUAUGCGAAAACAAUAAUUAUGCAGCUUUUGAUGUGAUAUAUGUGCACAAGAACUUGAAAGAUUGUGGAUGUAUCGGGACGGUUUUCAACGAGAACAACAUUGAGAACUAUAAAAACUGCACUGCCAUGUUUGGAACAAUGGAAUUUGACAACACCUCUCAAAUUUCGAAGUUUUCCGCAUUAUCUAAUAUGAGAAACAUUACCGGGAAAUUAAUUGUCCACAAUACAAACUUUCAAAAUAUAUCAUUUCUUGAAAAUGUUGUCAAAUUUCGAGGCAAUUCAGCAAAUGCAUCUAUUGAUUUGCGUGACAAUAAGAAUAUGACACAUUUUGGAUUGAAUAACUUGACGGAAAUGAUAACUCCAGGUCGGUGGUUUACAUUAAACUUUGAAAACCUGCAUCCCGACUUUUGUCUGACAAUGGAGGAAAUGCAAAGAUUUACUACAGUAAACGCAAAAUUCGUGAAAAAUGAAGCAAAAUAUUGCAAUAUUACUAUAAGAGAAGAUGGCCAGAAAACUUGUGUUUGGGACAAAAUGAGCACGUUGGAUAGUCAGUGUAUUCACGUGAUGGGACAUGUGAUCAUUAGCGCGGGAGACGAAAGCUAUGUUCAAAAACUUCAAACUGUGCGGAAUAUAUAUGGAAGUUUGACUAUUCAAAAUACGAGCUUGGAAAAUUUGGCGUUUCUUGGAAAUUUGACAAACGUUGCAAAUCUGAACGACACUUCUCCAGCAAUUCAGUUAAUUUCAAAUCCGAAUCUCAAAGAUAUAUUCAUCAAUAAUAUGGCGUAUCCAUAUACACCUGGACCAGACCGUUUUAUCAUCCGAAAUAAUGCACCCAAUUUGUUCUAUGAUUUUAUUGACUGUAUGAACUAUGAAACUUCAGUGAAAUCAAAUAUUGUCUACAAUGGAGGUUUCUGCUAUGAUAUAGAAAGUGGUGCGGAUUAUGAAGAUGGUGGGAGCAAUGGAUCAGAUAACUUCAUACGAACCAAAGACUUUUUUGCUGGUGUUGCACUGGCUCUAUUUUUUAUUGGACACAUAUAAAUUUAUAACAACUUUCUGCAAAAAAGUGAAAAUCAUUACAAAUCAAUAAAAUAACUAUUCUGUACAGAAAAGUGGGUUGAAAUUUGGUUGAUACGUGCAACAUUUAGCACUAAAAUUUUUUAACACUUUUCGAAAGUUUCAACGUUAUUCGAUUCCAAUAUUGAAACUUGGACAGCCAAUCUGCCAAUCUCAUUCUGAAAACCAAAACUCUGGAGGAACCAUGAUCAUUCUUUGCUGCAUCGGCUGUGGGAAACUUUUGCUGUAGUUACUUGUUUUUUAAAUAUGCAAGAGCUCAAGCAGAAAAAUUCAAAAUUUUAUUUUAUUUUUUCUACAUUCAAAACCGUGCACGAGCUUAAUGGUUAUUCAAACAGCAAACUUCGAAAAAUUGUUCUAUUUCAUUAUUAACAUUUGUUCACUUAUUAUAAUUCUUCUUUGGAUCUCUUUUAUUUUGUUCAUAAGACUAUUUUGUAUU